AUGCCGCCAUGGCCUGCGACUGGUUCCAACCCGUACGACCUGAACAAGGGCACCAACGCCGGGCUGGUGUACGCCAAGUCAGUUCUAGCACGUCUGAUUCGAGGCCAGCCGGUCAGGAGCCUGUUCCCGGGCAAGAAGACGCACUGCACAAGACGUGCUCGAGAAGCUCAAGCACCAGCUGUCUGCGAGGCUUGGCGUCAUGCCCAGCGGACAGCUCUUAGAACACGAUCGAACUGA